UUUCUUGAUACUACAGUUUUAUACAAUAAUAUGUUUAUAUUAUCAAAGUAAAGAGUUUUGAGAAAAGUAUAUGUCUACGCUAUUAUAUUUCGUACCUAUUGUUAUAAUUGGUACCACUCAGCUUUUGCUGAUCGGGUUGGCUCCAUUUUUUAGGUACACAAACAGAAUAGUGACCGAAUCGGAGGACAAUGAUAAGGCGAUGGAAGGAUGGGCGAGAUGACAUAAAGAACGAUAAAAAUAAUAAAGAUGUUAUUUUAAAAUAUAUAUUUUGUACGAAUAUGUUAAGCUUCCGCAUGUAUAAUAGUUACUCCAAUAUUAUCAAUAAAUAAAUAAGUUUUAUUCAAUGCUCCAUUUUCCGAUUCAAAAAGUUAGACCCGUUAACACCGCGAGUCGGAUAUUCGAAUAAAUUCGGGUAUCCGGGUUGUGGCGUUACACCACAUCCAUCCCCAUUCCUACCCCUGAACAUACACUUCAAACACCAUCCAAACCCAUCCCUUUACCUUCCCUACCUACUGCCCAAACUAACCCCAAAACCCUUUCAACACCCCUGCCCCAAAAGUCCUCACAAACCAUCUCUUUUUCCUCCUUGGAUACUAUCCAAAUUAACCCCAAAACCCUGUCAAUACCCCUGCCUCAAAACUUUCCUAAACUCAUAUCUAUAACCCCUCCACAAACUGCCCAAAACACACCCAGAUUCACAUCCACUUCCACAACUCAAAACCCCCACAAAACCACAGGCCCUCCACCAAAAGCCAUGGUCAUACCUCCACCAAAAACCUGCCCAUCUAUUCCCAAGAAUUCCCAUUGCUUCCACCGUCAAAAUAUUGGUCAUUAUGAUAUUCAAUGUCCAAAUAAGGAUCCGAAGUCCUUGCUUGAAGAAGAAGAAAAAUCAGAAUCUUUGGAACUUAAGGAAGCACAAGAAGAUGUGAAAUCUCAAGGCCAAUAUGUAGAUGAACUCGUGGUCAGUGAUAGGCCAUUGAGUAGUCUGGCCCACUCUCUUACUCAUUUAACUCCCCAAAAGUGUUAUGAGAGGACCCAAAGUGGAGUCAUGAGCCGAAACGUAGGAGCCUUGCCCCGAGGAUUAUCUUCACUAACGGUACCUCGUACCGAGUUUGUUAAGUUUUUGCAGGUUCCAAGUAAGGAAGGAAUACAAGAAACAUCCGAGUUUUAUUAUAAGACUCGUGAAAGGCUUGAGAAGAGAAGUGAGUUGAAAAUGCUAGCCCGAGUCAACGACAAUUCCUACAUGGUCGGCCUUACAAGAGGUCAAAGAGUUGCUGCCCCAUUCAAAAAAGGGGACCUCAGUCCAUAUGACAGUCUUGAUUAUCCGUUGAGUUUGAGGGCAAACUCUUUUGAAGACCGGGAGGAUGAUAUAUCUGGGCCCGAGCCUAUCAUACCCUCCCCCAUAUCCCACACCCUCAUGGAAACCAAAGGACUUAGGUUCAAACAUUAUGAUCCAUUUUAGUGAGAAUUCAAUGUCCUUUAGCCCGAAAGGCCAAAAUAACUUUCGUUUUUGACCUAAGGGUUCCGCUGGUCAACCCCCUUUUCCGUCCAACCCAACCCCAAACAUCCAAAAGAAGGUUCCUUGUAUUUGCAUUCAUUAUAUUGUGUGUUUUCCCUCCUCUCCCCUCCUUAUAUAUUUCGGCCAUUUGGCCCUUGUAAGGAACAUCUCUGAAUUAUUGAAAACCUUUUACUCUUUGAGUAUUCAUAAAAUAGUGUGAUGCUA